GUCAGAACAUCGUCACAUACACCCAACAUGCGCACUUCAAUCCCUAUCCUCGCCUCGCUGGCGUCUGUUACCUCUGCGGCCCGCUUUCUGCUGCAGAUUCCCAUCACAAACGUCGUGAACCCCUCCGCGCUGUCUUCUACGACUCACGCAACCCUCCAAUCCAGCGGGCCCCCAGUCGAUGCAUACCUGACGCGGUCGAACACUUUCAACUUCAACAACAUCAGUGCUGGAAGUUACCUUGCGACUGUUCACUGCAGAGACUUUGCUUUCGAGCCUCUGCGCAUCGAUGUCAGCAUCGAGGAGCCUGUUGAGGGAAGCGGGGACAAGAAGGAAGUGAUCCGGGCAUGGCAAACAUUUCUGGGCAACGAAUGGGACAACAAGGGAGAAAACAGAGGAGAGGGCGGUAAUGGUCUCGUCAUCGAGGCCAGACCGCUCGGCCAGAAACAAUUCUACCAGGAGCGCGCUGGAUUCUCACCCCUAUCUUUCCUCAAGAACCCCAUGAUUCUCAUGGCCGUCUUCUCUGGCCUGCUCAUGUUCGGCAUGCCCAAGCUUAUGGAGAACAUGGACCCCGAGAUGAAGGCCGAGAUGGAGGAGAUGCAGAAGAACGGCGUGAUGGGCUCAGGCUCCACGCAGACAGCGCAGCAGAUCCAGAACUUUGAUCUCGCGUCGUGGAUGGCUGGCAAGACAACAGACUCGAACAGCCGCGGUCAGAGCCCGGCGCCCGAGAAGCAGCCUUCGAAGAAGCGGUGAGGUGGACAGGUGUGGACACGAGUGCACAUGAACGAAAGAGACGGCCGGGUUGUAAACGAGCUUAGCGAAUUGUCAAUAGAGAUGUCGCCGGCCCUAUGGGAUCAUAGAAAAACGGCUCAACACAAGUGCACAUGCACUGCUAUCCGCCUCUCUAUAUAAAGGCUGCAACUCAAUUACUCUUUCACGAGAAAUCCUGCAACAAGGAUUCGCCCUCAUGGCUUAGUGGUAAAGCGUAUCACUAGUAUUCACCGAAUGCAAUGAUAAGAUCGCU